UCAGACAACCUCCGGCCUCCGCCUCCGAUGGCGCCCAUGGCCAUCUCCACCCCUCUCGCCGUCCGCGCCUCUCCCUCCCGCCUACUCUCGCACAGGCGGAGCGGAAGCACUGCCUGCCCGGGCCUACGAGGACUGCAAGUUGUAACACCUGGUGUUUCUGCACGGUUCAAUGAGAGGAUACACUGUCAAUCUUAUCUGAGGCAAAAUACAAUCGUGGCAUCACAGAGUGAAAAUCCACCUUUAAUGCCUGCUAUCAUGACUCCCGGUGGCCCUCUUGAUCUGGCAACGGUACUGUUGGGAAAUCGUAUAAUCUUCAUUGGUCAAUAUAUUAACUCACAAGUGGCACAGCGUGUAAUAUCACAGCUUGUCACACUUUCCGCUAUUGACGAAGAGGGUGAUAUUCUGAUCUAUCUUAACUGUCCUGGCGGAAGUCUCUAUUCCAUAUUAGCAAUUUAUGAUUGCAUGUCCUGGAUCAAACCGAAAGUUGGGACAGUGUGCUUUGGUGUUGUUGCUAGCCAAGCAGCGAUCAUUCUCGCUGGCGGUGAGAAGGGAAUGCGCUAUGCAAUGCCUAAUGCUAGAGUAAUGAUUCAUCAACCUCAAGGUGGAUCAGAGGGUAACACGGAAGAGGUGAGGCGACAAGUUGGGGAAACAGUUUAUGCUCGAGAUAAAGUUGACAAAAUGUUUGCUGCUUUCACGGGGCAACCUGUGGAUAUGGUGCAACAGUGGACAGAGAGGGAUCGCUUCAUGUCUGCCUCGGAGGCCAUGGAUUUCGGACUACUCGACACACUACUGGAAACCAGAUUGUAGGCAAACCCUGCUGCAAAAUUGGAGCUCGAGUUAGAUACGUAGACGGUUGCCAGUUUGGUGGGGAUGGAUAGAGAUGGGAUGUCAUUUGCCUCUUGGAAACUUUGUUGCAGCUGCGAGUGAGGGGUCGUAAACACCAGCUCCAUGGUGCCAAAUAUGCUUGCGCUGAGCCAAGGAGAGUGUUUAGAGUAGACUGUCAGUUAGAUUGAGGCAAACCAGGACGCGCUUUUCACCACGUUGUGGCAGACGGGGCGUAAAUUCUUGUUUGGAGAUUGCAAACGAAGACAACAUGUGCCGUGGAGUACAAUUUAUGCAUGUUG